AUGUACAAUUUGGGCAUCAAACUUAAUAUGAACAAGGCUUAUGAUAGAGUGGAGUGGCACUUCCUGGAAUCGGUCAUGCUCAAGAUGGGUUUUGAUGUUCGUUGGGUCAACUUGGUGAUGAAUUUGGUUCGAACUGUGCAAUUCUCGUUGCAAAUCAACUUCGGGAAAUCAAGUCUUUUCUUUAGUCCCAAUACACCUGCAAGUAUCCGCACAGAGUUGCGUGCCAUUCUUGGUAUGACUAUGGCAGAUGACCCAGAUAAAUACUUGGGUCUUCCUACAAUGUGGGGGAGGUCUAAGAAAGAGGUGUUUCAGUUUGUGAAGGAGAAGUUGUUGCAUAAGUUAAGCGGAUGGAAACAAUCCCUUCUCUCACAAGCUGAUAGGGAGGUCCUUAUCAAAUCAGUUGCUCAAGUUGGAUAG